CCUGCCCCCCCUCCUCCGCUCCGCGCUCGCCCCGUCCGCAUCAGCGACAAGAGCUCGCACAGGGCGGCGGCUGCCGCGAUAUUUGCGGCGGGUCGCGCCGAGCCUUCCAGUUGCAGUGGUGGCAACCGGAGAUGGCCUGUUUGGAGGAACAUCAGAUGGCAACCGACGAGGUCGCCGUCGCCGUCGAUCACCGCAAGGAUCCCCUCGAUUCCGGCGACAUGGAUUUGUCCGGCGAGGAGCACGUGCCCAAGGCGCGGAAGCCGUACACGAUCACGAAGCAGCGGGAGAAGUGGACCGAGGACGAGCACAGGCGCUUCCUCGAGGCCCUGCAGCUACACGGCCGCGCCUGGCGCCGCAUCCAAGAGCACAUCGGCACCAAGACCGCCGUGCAAAUCCGGAGCCACGCGCAGAAGUUCUUCACCAAGGUGGUCAGGGAAUCGUCGGGGAGCAGUACCACCGCUGGCGCCGCGCCGGCGAUCCAGAUCCCCCCGCCGCGGCCCAAGAGGAAGCCGGCCCACCCGUACCCGCGCAAGGUGGACGGCGCGGCCAAGAAGCACGUGCCGGCGCUCAGGCAGCUGGAGAAGCCGCCCCUGCGGACGCACUCCCCGCGCGACCAGGACGACGGCUCGCCGACGUCGGUGCUGACCACCGCGCGGACGGUGUUACGGGCGGAGGAGCUGGGCAGCGUGUUCGCGAACAGCUCGAGCGGCAGCAGAACGCCGUCCCAGUCAGCCGCCGGUUCAGAUGAGCAUGGCAACGGCGGAGGCUCGCCGGCCUCGACCAUUAACAGAGAGGAUGGCGGCGUGUCGCCAAGCGUAGCAACAGAUGAGUUGGCGACGAGAACAGCAAAUGCCAAGGUGUUCGGCGAUGCAAAAGAAGCGGGAACAGAAGCUCCAGUCUUUAAAUUGUUCGGAAAGAAAGUUGUGGUGAAGGAUUCCUAUGGUCACCCGGAAAGCGGCAGAGACCUGAAGAUAGGUGCUUCACCUGCGAUCGUUGCAGCAGGAGGGAGCUCGUGGAAUCCAUGGCCGGGCGCCGUGCAGCAGCUCAUGUGCUUCGUCCCGCAACCCGACGGUUUCGCCGCGCAGUCCGUGGUGCCGUGGCUCGCCUACAACGGGAGCCUGCCGUGCGCGCUGUUCUACCCGCAGGCGGCGCCUUCGGCCCAGCAGCUCCACCAGACUUCAGAGCCUCCGGAUCACAAACGGACGCAGAGGGAAGGGUCGCGGACGGGCUCUAACACGGCUUCCAGCGCCGUUCCGGCGGCGCAGAACUCGGACGCCACGGAGUCCCACGGCCCCGGGCAAGAAACCACCAGCGAGAGCGGCGCGGUGCCGCCGGCUGCGGCUGCCGUUCCCGUCCCGCGGCUGGCGAGGUGCGCGAGCUCGGCUUCCUUCAGCCGGAGAGGGUUCGUGCCGCACAAGCGGUGCGCGGCGGAGAGCGAGGCUCCGCGGCCCGUGGCGGCCGGGGAGGAGGCCGACGGCGAGCUGACGAGGCUGUGCUUGUAACGACAGUCCGCACACGGAAGGCUCAGUGAGACGAAAGUGACGAUGCUAUUUUUGGAUGUUUGCUAGGUGCCUAGGUUUGCUCCGCUGUCUUGAGCUGCUGGAUAUGGCUAUGCUGCAGAAGCAGCUGGGAGACCACAACCACGUGAAUUUUCCAGAUGUGGACGAGCAGCCCUGGUUGUUAGUUGUUACUCCUCGGUAUAUACGUGUAUAUAGGUAAAACUUGUAAUAUUCCGCCUUUUGAUGGCAGUGUGAUCGUGUAAUUUUGCUCCAACUUGGGAGGUUCCGGGGUCAGUAGCUGACUGUGCUAACCUGGGAUCUCAGGGAGGGGGUUGUGUGUCAUAGACUCCUCAAUAGUCUGACCAGAUGUAAAACUAGGCUUGUACCAUCUGAAACGAAAUGGUAUGGACAGAGCACGAACAGAAUGUUUCAGGCUCUGUCAGUCUGAAUCUCUGAAUGAGGC